UUAGUUCGCAAUCGAAAGUAUUCACUAGAAGAUGUUCCAUGUAUCGCUGCUCCAUUGGGUUGGAUUACUGUGGCUUGUGGCUGGAGUUGCGGUUGCUAAAUCUACAGUAUCCUCACUGAUGGCAAAGGACUAUCAACUGGACUUUCUGCGUGCUCUGAGCGACCAGGCCGAACAGCGCGCCGAACUAAGUCUUAACGAUUAUCUGCAACAAUUGGAGCGCAAUACCAGCUACAGCAAGUACACUGAGCAGCUGGCCACAGCGCGGGCUUCCCACAAAUUACAGCCGAAGGUGUUGCUAAUCAAACAGCUACUUGAUGCCCAACAACACUCACAAUUCGACUUGGAGCACACCUGUGUAUUGCGCAAUUUGGUGUUUCUCAGCCGAAUUAAGCAGCAAUUGCGUGCUGCACGAGAUGCCAGUGCCCAGGAAAUACGUCAGCUGCGCGUUCAUCGUCUCUGCCAGCAGUUCGAACGCCCUGCGACUGAGCAUCGUAGGGAACGGCUGAUCAAUGAGCAAACUGUGGGAGCUGCCUUGGAACAAUUGAAUCUUACGCACAGCUCGACAAACGCAACCAGCCUGGAUCUGGGCAAAUUUGGGCACGAGUUGUACGAGGGCGUAAAGCUAUCGGGCGCCGAGAUCAUAGACAACUAUGUGGGUAUACUGCGUGGUCUGCUACAAGACAUUCUCGAUGCUGAGCAUGACGAUCUGAUAGACAAUACAACACAGCUGGAGCGGCUGCUGCAGCAGCUAGACAACAUGCUGGCCAUACCUGACUUCUUUGAUAAGCGACAGAGUGUCUAUGAGUUUCUGGAGCGUCAUCUCAAAGCGGAAUACGAGCAGCUGCGCGAGAGCGCCAACUCUGAUCAGCACAUCACCGAACAGCUACUGGAGCAUCUAAAAGCGAAGGGCUUGGAUCUAUUUGUGAUCUUUUUGUUUAGUAACUUCGAGUUUCUGGAGCAAGUGCAUGAACAUUGGUCGCUACUGCUGCCACAGACGCCCAGUUUGCUGUACGACGAGACGCACAGGCAGCUCUAUGACAUACAACAGCUCUACGAACGCUUCAAAUUGGACACGGAGAGCACUUCUAAGUAUGAAGCAUACGCGGCCGCAUUGAAACGCUUGCAUGAGCGCACAGUGGAACAGGGUCAGCAAAAUCAUCACAUAUUCGAGAUGAUCAGCAAUGCAGCGCAGAAUGUGGGCAGCGUUACAUUCAAUAUGAUUAAAGCGAAGUGCAAGGAAUUGCUUUAGGCAAAUUGAAAUUGAUAGAGGUAACAAUAAAAUGAAUAUGAAGUUGAUAUUUCAAUUGCAAAAAAUACUUGUAAAGUCCUUGACAAGCUCUUGAGUGUGAUGGAAGUAAAUAGCAAUAGAUGAUUUUUUGCACUUCAAUAUUUAUUUUAUAUUCUUAAACUCGAAUGGCAU